AUGAUAUUAUUUCUCUAUCACAAAAUAUAGCUGGCGAAGGGUGCAGGUCCAACUAAACUUGCUUCGGUAACACCCGCAAACGGUUCCUCCUGAACCGUUAACCAAACGAUAAGGAGCCUCAAAAGGAGUACGUACCAUACCUUGGAUACGUUGCCGUUUUUGUAAAUACGAGCUUCCCCGACAACAUUUGCAUGUGAAUAGGGCGGCAGUUUUAUAUUUCUUCAUUUAUUGACCUUUCACUCGCUUUACCUAUGAUAAUUUGCGACCGCCAGAGUACCAACCCACACCACGAAGCCAUGUUGUGAAGCCCGAUGUUCCAGAGAUAAGCCGAUAGAUGACGUCCACCCCGUCUCCAACGCAAGAAGUGGCACAUUGGCCUCCAGGCAAUGUCUGAACGAUGGAAUCGAGAAUCGCUUUCCAUUGCCAAUUCCGCGCCACAAGAUAAAGAAGUCCUAAGGGCACUAUCGCGAUCACCACAUCCCUAUCAUCGACAUAAUCCCGAACUCCGGCGCGCCAGGCACAAUCUGAGCACCACUUCCUCACGAGACCAAUCCCCCCGCCCUACAUCCAGCCCCGAAAGCUUUGUCGUCGAUGGACCGAUACUUCAUUCCGAGGAUCUAUACAGACACAGCACCGAUAGCGAUAGCGGGACAGAAGCAGACGAUGAGCACUUCCUCCUCGGGUUGCCGGCACCCCGCUCGCGGCCGCGGAAAGGCUUACGAGGCCUCGAGAGAUCGAGCUCAACAUCACCAAGUCCUGCGUUAUCUGUGGUUGACCUCCAACAAGCCUCGCGGCAACAAGAAUACAUAUCCGAUGCCCUGAAGACACUUAAAAAUGAGGAGGAACGGCGCUCUCGGGAAGCAUGGGAGAAGUUCAGGGCAACAAGGAAGACGGAGGUUCUACGACGGGUUUUGGAGGUUGUUCUUUUGCUUGGCCUGGGACAAAUAGUAUAUUCCGGAAAUGGGAGAGUUACAGCUUCUCUAUGGAAGAACGAGUUUACGUACCAGGCCGCCAUCAUGGGGUCAUUAAUGGUGCUCUACCCUAUUCGACUAUCCUAUUAUUUGGCUUCUCAAAAUUCCUUCAAGAAGUGGCCCUCACUUCGUAUCCCGGCGACUUUCGACCCAGCGCCGCUUCUCUACCCCUCCCUUCUCACGAAUUUUGUCACCACUCUCCUAUCCUGUUCGAACCAGGGGAUAGUUCUCCCUAAUAUAAUCCUCGGCAUUUCGUCACUUAUGCCCGAGUUGCUACCUUCUUUUGCUAAAGGCGAAGAUGUUGGUACAUUACGUUGGCUUUUGUCUUGUAUACCCCUAUUUGCUUGGCAGUCGCAGCCGGAUCUUCUUCGAGAUAAAAGCUUGCUUCCCGAGAAUAAUAUCAGCCCAGAGAUCCUGGUUUUGAUAUGCCCCUUACAUCAAGUAACCUGCUCGGUGCUGAGAUAUUUAACGACAACCAGCCUGUUGGAAACCGAGCUGCAACUUCUUUCUAUUUCACUUAUUAAUAUUCUGCUGUUGUCAGCUUCGCCACAAAUAGUGAUCUUGCAAGCUCUCAUGUGGGGAGGGGGGCUGUCAUUGCUCAUAUCUUGUGGCUUCGCCCUUAGAUGGGUGAUUGCGCUGGAAAGGAUUCCAAGAUGGAGGUUUAAGCGGAGUGGAAACGCCCUGGGACGCCCGAUAAAAUCAACAUCAAAGUCGAUUUUAAAGGAGCCUCUAGGAAAACUGAGCGAAAUUCUACACUUCGAUCGGCCUCUUACGCUGGACAGCGAGGACGAUGUUUCAUCGGCGGUGCAGAGAGUCAGGCCAAUGCGAUUGAAGACAAACCUGACAAAAUCCAAUACGGUUCAAUUUGAGAAAGGCUCAAUAUCUGCAGUGUCUGAGGAACCAGAAGAGGAGUUCGCCUCCCGUAUCGACGGAGCUCUAGCCGAUGUGACGAAUCGGGAAAGGAAUCGAAGAAACACGUUCCCAUCGAUUCGCUCACCUAAACGCUACAGUGGCCUCACUGCAUCGGGUCGAAAGAGGCGAUCGGCUUCCUCUAGUCUUCAGGGCUUCUACAAUCUUACCGUAGCACAGGCAACAAUCCGCAAGGGGCUAUAUGCAGCCUAUGUCUACUUCUGUGUUCUCCUCAUCAUCUUCGCAGGAGUCCGCACAUACGUCGGGAAUGUCGCCUUAUCUGGCGCUGAACCCAUCGGCUGGGCCCUAGCAUACAUGUUUGGAAACUACCCCUGGCUCCGAAUGCAAGUUCUCACCCUAAACCUCGACCACUGGAUCCCAGUCCCCGAACACCUCCCAGCCGUCCCGGUAACAUACUUCCACGGCCCCUGGAUCUCCCAACUCCGCUCCAACAUCGGCCUCGCCAACACCCGCCUCCUCAUCUCGACCUACUGGCUCGCCAUCAUAAUCCUCGGCCUCACAAUCGUCAUCAACCUCUCCUCCACCGUCGAAGUUGACACCCGCCGAAAGGUCUUCCACUUCAUGAUGGUCGCUAUGCUCCUGCCGGCCACCUACAUCGACCCCACCUUCGCCGCCCUCGCACUAUCCCUCAUCCUCGCUGUCUUCCUCCUCCUCGACCUCUUCCGCGCUACACAAUUACCUCCUCUUAGCAAACCUAUCGCUUACUUCCUUACGCCCUAUGUGGACGGUAGGGAUCUGCGCGGGCCAGUGGUGAUUAGCCACAUCUUCCUCCUAAUCGGCUGCGCAGUACCGCUCUGGCUCAGCCUCGGCGCCGUCACCAGAGCCGACGAUGGAUGGGAAAUCCCAACUCGGGACGUGAGCAUGGUAUCCGGCGUCAUCUGCGUCGGUAUGGGCGACGCAGCCGCGUCGCUUAUCGGGCGGCGGUACGGGCGGCGCAAGUGGCUGUGGCCUGGUGGCAAGAGUUUAGAAGGCAGUUUCGCAUUUGCGGUCGCGGUGACAGUGGCGUUGAUGGCGGCGAAGGUGUGGUUGAGGGUUGGUGGGUGGGAGGAUGGAGGCGCGGUCGGGGACGGGUGGGGGAGGACGUUGGGGAAGGCGGUGGUGGCUGCGGGGAUGGCGAGUACGACUGAGGCGGUGUUGACGGGGGGGAAUGAUAAUGUGGUUGUGCCGGUGGUGUUUUGGUUGUGUGUUAAGGGGUUGAGUAUUUAGGGUUUGGUGCUGGAUGCACUGGGGGUAUAUGGAGGGGGGUUGUAGAUCAAUGGUACUCUAGAAGAGGGUUGGAUAUAGGGGCGGUGGAUUGUUGGCGUCUUAAGGAUAUAGGAGCUCUUUCACAAGGCUACGAAUAUAUGGGUAUGGGCAGUAGAUAUUAUAUUGAUACCACAUAAUAUGACUACACUU